AUGGUCCUCCUCUCCACCGCCCUUAUAUCUCCUUCCUCCCCACUUGCUACCUCCCACAUGGUCUCUGACUCCAGCUCCGAACCCCGCCACGAACCCAACCCCAUUCUCCCACUAUCUCGCCCUCUGCUCCCCACCCCCAAUUCUUCUGCUCCUAUGGACCUGCAACCUGACCCCGCCGGGUCGGCCGCGACCCAGCCCGAGUCCCCCGACGCCCGACUGGUCUUCGUCUCCCAUCCGGACCGGACGGCCACCCAACACCGCAGCCCCGCCGGCAACGCCAUCCGCACCACCAAAUAUAACUUUAUAACGUUCAUUCCGCGAAAUCUCUACGAGCAGUUCCGCCGCGUCGCCUACAUCUACUUCUUCAUCCUCGCCUGCAUGAACCAGAUCCCCCAGCUCACCGUCUACGGCCGCGAAACCGCCUUCGUCCCCCUCGGCGUCGUCCUCUUCCUCACCGCCGUCAAGGACGGCUACGAGGACUGGCAGCGCCACCGCUCCGACAACCGCGAGAACAACCGCUCCGCUGCGGUCCUCCUCCCCUCCGGCGGACAAUUCGCCCCCAAGAAGUGGAAGGACAUCCGGGUCGGUGACGUGCAGUAA